CCCCCACCCCAAUUUGACUCCAGAACUGCCUUACAUCUUCAUGGCACAGAUUCAAUAAGGUGCUAGAAACAUCUCUCAAGAGAUUUUGGCAUCGUCAUUGACAUGACAGCGAGACUCAGCUGCUGCACAUCCAUGAUGCAAAUCUCCCAUUCCACCACAUCCAAAAAAAUGCUCUGUUGGAUUAUGAUCUAGUGACUGUGGAUGCCAUCUGAGUAAAGCGAACAGUUUACGAUGAUCUGAGCUUUGUGACACGGUACUUACCCUGCUGGAAGCAGUCCUCUGAAGAUUGGUACAUCGUGGUCAUAAAGGGACGGACACGGUCAAGUGAAACGACGUUCAGUUGGCACUGAGGGGUUCUAAGUGUGUUAAGAAAAUAUUCCCCACACCAUUACACCACCAGCAGCAGCCUGAACUGUUGAUGUGAGGCAGUUAAACUGUUGAUACAUGCUUUGAUGGCAUUUAUGCCACAUUCUCAUCUUACUAUUUGACUAUCGUAGGAGAAAUCGAGACUUAUCAGACCAGGCAACAUUUUUGAAAUCUUCUAUUGUCCAAUUUUGGUGAGGUUGUGUGACUUAUAGCCUCAGUUUCCUCAUCCUCUUCCUAUUGGCUUUAUCAGUCUAAAGCAGCCUAGCCAUUCUCCUCUGACCUCUGACAUUAACUAUGUAUUUUUCACCCAGAAAACUGUGGCUCACUGGACAUUUUCUCUUUUUCAGACCAUUAUCAGAAACACUCAGAUCAGCCCAUCUGGUACAAAGAGCAAUGCAACUUUCCAAGUCACUUGUACACCUUUCUUCCUGAUUAUGAUGCUUGGCUUGAACUUCAGCAUGUGAUCUUGACCAUAUCCACACGCCUAACUGCGCUGCAAAGCUGCCAUGUGAUUGCCUGAUUAGAUAUUUGCAUUAACAAGCACUUGAACAGGUGUACAUAAUGAAAUGGCCAGAAAGUGCACUUUAUUUGUACUUUGCCAGUCAUUUAUUAACGGGCCUCUGAGCAGAUCCUUAAAGCAUCCCAGAACAAGUAGAUGGAUCAUGAGUCUGCCUAUCAGCAGGCUCUAUAUCACAAACCAAAAAACUGUGACCCCUUUGUUUGAAAUUCAAUACUGCAAAUGUUAUAAAGGUGGGAUAGUGUGAGCAUUGUAAUGUGUGCAUUAAAUGACGGGCUUAGUGUACUUAGUAGUUUACCCUGAGCACUGUUUUUAUUUAAAUAGAGGAAAGCAGUACAUCAAUAUGACCUCAAUAACAAUAACAAAACUCAGACUAUUAUUUACAUUAAACGCAUGAUUACACUUUACGGCAGGGCAGCCGUACCUGCACAGGUGUACCUGUCAAACGAUUAGUGUUGUUAUUACCCCUCAGAAUCCCAGCCGACAGACAAAAAACAAUGGUCCUUGUUUAUGCCCAUGCACUCUGUAUAAACUGCAUGUUUCGACAAGCAUAUAAACGUACGGCCAUUGUGCUGUGGUAAAUGUUUCACAGGACACGAGUGGAAAAAACGAGGAAGUAGCCUACCGCUGUCACAUCACGGCAGGAUGGCGCUCCGGGCAGCUGGAGGUCGUUUAUGGCAGUUUCAGAAGAGCUGUCUGAAGGUUACCAGCUUUCAAACACUAGGAACUGUCAAAUACAAAAGAACCUGUCCCGUUGAAGUGAGCCAUCUGGAUCAUUUGGUGCUUACAGUGAAAAGUGUGCCAGAUACCAUCAGUUUUUACGGCUCAGUUCUUGGCAUGGAGGUGGUCACUUUUAAGGGAAACCGCAAGGCUCUGAGCUUUGGGCAGCAGAAGUUUAACCUUCACCAGCGGGGGCAGGAGUUUGAACCAAAAGCUAAACAUCCAACCUCUGGCUCUGCAGACUUGUGUCUCAUAACCAAAACCCCUCUAGCUGAAGUAGCUGCUCAUCUUAAGGCUUGUGGAGUCAAGAUUGAAGAGGGUCCCGUGGAGAGGACGGGGGCCGUGGGGACCAUCACCUCACUGUACUUUAGAGAUCCUGACCAAAAUCUUAUUGAAGUGUCAAACUAUAACCAGUCAACAGCAAAGGACUCUUCUUGAUACUUCUUUGGCCUUGGUUACUGACAUGUCAAAUAACUCACCAGCCCACCAAACUCAUUCUAGUCUGGAAUACAACGCAAAAUUAUUGCUUUUACUAUAAUUGUAUUUAGUUUAAACUGUUAUUUUAGAGUCUGUUAUGAGUCAUUAGGACAGGGUGUGGAUGUUCAGCUCUGCUUAAGUUUCUGUUUUAGUUGUGUUUGGACAAGGCAGUGCAGGCACAGUUUAGUAGAAAAAGUGAAGAAUACUACCAGAGGAUGUUUAUCCACAAGUUUAAAUGGGCACUUGUGAAGGUUUUUAUAUAACUCUGUCUGUGACAUUGCUUUGCAGAGGAAAAUAAAAGGUUAUAAU